AUGACUAAUCUCCAGUUGAUGAUGUUAACAAUCAUCUAUGUAAUUGUAGCAUACAUCAUCUGUUGCAAUGUCAAUGCUGAUGAGUUUGGAGAUUGUAGUCGUCCUUACAACUGUGGAAGCUUGAGGGGCAUUGGCUACCCUUUCUUUGGUGGUGAUCGCCCCGGUUAUUGUGGCCGCCGAGGUUAUGGCCUCAUUUGUGUGAAAGAUCAGUAUUCAGUGAUCUUGAUUGGUCAAGUGUCUUACCGCUUACUCGAAAUUGAUGCGUCGAUUCCUAAAAUGAGGAUCGCGCGCCAGGAUCUCUUGAACGAUAUUUGUCCAGAAUCUUGGGUUUUCUUUGAUCAUUAUAAGUCUUUUGACUUUAAAUUCAAUGACCCUUCGGAUAAUACAAGGAAUCUUCGGAUAUACUAUGGUUGUUCCCCUGAGGUCAUUUCCAGGGUGCAGACUCAGAGUAAUGUUAGCUGUUCUAUUGAAAAUGAGCCAGGCGGCGUGUUUUUCACACCCGAGGUUGUACCUGUUGCUGGGGGAUGCAAGAAGAAUUUUGUUGUUCCGCUUCAGUUGGAAGCAUAUGAUGAUCUCUGGGCUAGAAAGAUAACAUUGGAAGAAGCCGUGAAUCAGGGGUUUGAUGUUCAGUAUGCCGCUGAUCUGGCUGCCUGUUCAUCAUGUCAGGCUUCCGGAGGGAAAUGUGGGUCUGAUUCCCGAAUUCCUCAUGUUCAUGUGCCCUUUCUCCAUACCUGCAGGGAAGAGACGUUUGGUGAAGCUCGUAACUGGUAUGGAAAUGUUAGAGCCGCAGCUACUGCAGUAGGAAUUUUAAUUAUCAUCUCUUACUUCUGUGGAAAAAGUUGUUUAAACUUGUUCUUGUCUACAAGGAAAUCAGAAAAUGAUAAGGAACUUGAGGCCUUCAUCAAACAGAAUGACUCCCUCAAACCGAGAAGAUACAGCUACCACGAAAUUAAGAGAAUGACUAAUCAGUUCAAAGAGAAGAUUGGUCAGGGAGGAUAUGGUGAGGUCUACAGAGGAAAUCUUCCAAGUGGGUGCUUAGUCGCAGUAAAGAUUCUUAAUUCCGCCAAAGAAAACGGGGAAGAAUUCAUUAAUGAGAUUUCGAGUAUUAGCAAAACUUCUCAUGUUAAUGUUGUCACUCUUCUAGGAUACUGCCUUGAUGGUUCCAAAAGAGCUCUCGUGUACGAAUUUAUGCCGAAUGGAUCACUUGAAAAGCACAUCAACCCUGGAUCAGAUUCAUAUUUGGGAUUGGAGAGGUUGUAUGAAAUCGCCGUCGGGAUAGCUAAAGGGCUGGAGUACUUGCACGGAGGAUGCAACACCCGCAUUCUCCAUUUUGACAUAAAACCUCACAACAUUCUUCUUGAUGAGGAUUUUUUUCCGAAGAUCUCCGACUUUGGGUUGGCCAAACUAUGUGCUCCAAAAGAGAGUAUUGUGUCAAUGUUAGGAACCAGGGGAACCAUUGGUUACAUUGCUCCUGAAGUAUUCAGUAGAAACUUUGGUAAGGUCUCAUACAAAUCUGAUGUCUACAGCUACGGUAUGAUGGUACUAGAAAUGAUCGUUGGGAGAAAUGCGACAAACGCUCAUUUGAACAGCGCUAGCGAGACCUAUUUUCCGGACUGGAUUUACGAUCACAUCAAGAACAACGAGGAACUCAAUCUGCAAGAUCAGAUUGGAAUGACAGAAAAAGAGAAAGGAAUUGCGAGGAGGAUGAUAAUAGUAGGACUCUGGUGCAUACAAACUAGUCCAUUACAAAGGCCAACUAUGAACAAGGUCAUAGAUAUGCUUGAAGGUGACUCAAAGUCCUUGGAAGUUCCACCUAAACCAUUGUUAUCUUCUUCUUCAAGAGCUGGAGAGGUGAAUCUGGAGAUAUCAAUGCUGCAAUCUAGAAACAUGCCUUCUUUUUCUAGAUCAAACAGCUAUUGUUAG